AAUCAUUCUAGGAGCGCGCGAUUUCGCGCUUCGUGCAGCUGCGAGUGCGGGCGUGUACGAUUCGCGCGCUCGUUACGUAAUCGGUCGGAUCGAGGAGGCGGAUGCGCGCAUAACAGGUGCGAAUAUCCGCGAAUCGCCGCCGGGAAGAACGCACGUCGUCGUCCGCGCCGUCGCUCGACAAAAGCUGCUGCGUAGUCGCGGGGAAUCGAUUGGAGCGCGCGACGUCGUGUUGACGUCGUCGUCGUCGUCGGCGCGCCGCCCGUCGCUCUAUAUAUUUUCGGGUCGCGCGGAUAUAGUCGUCUCCCCCACGUUCAAGAGCGUUCCCGGCGAGGCUUUUGCGUCGCGACGCACAUACGCGACGUGCUCGGGCUCGCGUCGGAUCCCGAAUUUCCGCGGAGAUGCCGCGGAAUGAUGUAACGUCGCACCGGUACGCGAAAAUCGGAGUCACAUGCGCUCGGACGUCCUGGCGUUACGUAACCGGUCUACCAGUCUACCAGCUCGGCUGACUAUCGCUUUUCCCGCAGUGCGCCUUAUCCGGCCGCCCGAUAAGCCGCGGAAAAACCGCGUGCGCUUCCAAAAUCCCUCCCAUCUACGGACGUCUAACAACCAGCAACAUUUCAGUUGAGGAAGGAGGUGUUCCUAACGUAUCAAAAUCAUGCAACCGACAGCAGCAUCCGUUAUCUGUUACUCGUGGCGUGAGAUCGCGGCCACUGGACGAAGGGGCUGCUACCUCGACGAAGGUGGAGACUCUACCUCUGCUAAGCCCGACGAUGGAGUCCGAGCUUUUAAAGGAGCCCUGGGUAUUCCCACGCACAAAGGCAACCUCGACAAAAGAAGAGGACACAUUCUGCACUUGGGAGGAGGACUUUCAGGAUCUGAGCGGUUGGUGCAUGGACACGUUCCAGGGUCAUUUUCAUAUAGGUGAAUCGACUCCGUUUAAACUAUCAGGUACGAAAUACGAGGGUAACGAGGGCAUUUCGACUGUAGAAGAGAAAAAGGUAUUGAAGGAUUUGAAGAGUACGGUUGACGAUGAGAAGUGGGAUCUAAGGAUGGAUAACGUUAAGACGAUUGAAGAAUCAGGUGACAAUCACCUGCUGCUAUCUCCGUCGGAACUGGCCAACGAACAAAACGGAAAAGGAUAUAAUACUUAUAACGAAGAGAAUAACGCGACCAGCUCGUGGUUGAUGUCGCCCGAGUCUACAGCUUCUACGAGCACCUCAUCGAGCAAGCAACAUAAUAACGCGGAUGUUGGUGCAUCGAUCCAAUCUGAGUAUCGUGCAAGAAAGAGCAGCGAUUACGCUUGCCCGACACCUUCGCUCGACGCCAUUGUGAACCAGCAGGAGAUGUGGGACGAGCUUCGUACGAUCGAAACCACCGGAUCGGACUCGUUUGAUUUGUUGUCGUACCUUUGGGAAGACGAGAUACGUUCACCGGAGGGCAGCGUUUCCACCGAUUCGUCGGCGAUACUGAAAGUCAGGCAGCACACGACGACGGCACCGUCAUCAUCGUCGUCGUCUGCAUUCCCGCCUGUGUCCACGAAGGUGAAGACGGAGAUCAACGAACCGAUGCCGCCGACCCGACGAAGAAUGGAAACCCGCGCGUCGUCGACGGUGACCUCGUCCUCGCUGGAAACUCCUAUAAUAUCAUCGCGCAGGUCGGAGAGAAUCAAAACGAUGCCCAGCAGCAAUAAAGAAAAGGAGAGGAUCAUGAUCACUAGGACAAAGAGGGAGAAAAGCGGGAGGAAGAGGUAUUACGAGAGCGAAUCCGAGGAAGACGUCGCUCUGUCGCAGUACAGAGAGGGUCGGGAGAAGAACAACGAGGCCUCACGGAGAUCACGGAUGAACAAGAAAGCGAAGGAGUCGGAGAUGACUGUGAGGGCGAUCAAGCUGGAGAGGGACAACAGGAUACUGAAGAUGAAGGUCGAGGAGCUGGAGAAGCUGGUAACGUCGAUGCGCAGCGCAUUACUACGAUCCGCUUUAAAGAAGGAGUUCUAAUACGCGUUACUCAAGAUCUAGACGUCCUUCUCGAGCUGCUGCGCGUAAUCUAUUUAUAACUAUUUUACACUUUUUCGUUGUUUGCAUGCGCCAUCCGCGCGCGAUGUCCUUUUAACAUGCGAGCGUUACGCGGACUUUUAAAUUGCUGAUUUAUUUAUCUUGAUUGAUCUUUACGCGGGAUCAACGGCAUCCCUAAAAGCUUGAUACUUUUUAAUAUUGUUUUAUCGAGAGAUAUCAAUUUGCGAUUGCGUCUCCCGCACAAGUAUCUAAUAUCUUUAUGCAGAUUUAAUUGUCCUGAACUAAGGUACUCGCGGACAAGCAAUAAACUAAUUGUACGCCGCUGCAAUGCAUAAUAAGAAUGCAACGUUUGUGGCUUGCUGUAUGUUGGUACACGGAGAUACUAUAUAUUAAGCAAGAGUUUAUUUUGCUAUAAUGAGAGACACCGGAUAUAGAAUAUAUCUUAAACACAUAUACAAAUACACAUACACAGAUAUACGCAUAUACACAUAUAUAAAUAUAUAUAUAUAUAUAUGUAUAUAUAUAUGUAUAUAUACAUUAUAAGUUAUUUUGUAUACAUUGGAAAGAGGAUACUAUAUGAGCGACGAGCAGACAUACGAUUCCAAAUGAUAAUCCAAAUGAUAUCGUUAUCGAGAAGAUUUUCAUUCGAACAAAAUCGUAUGGUGUAUAUUUUGUUCAGCCUUGUAUUGUACCUGAUACGAAAAAAGAGGAAAUGAUUAAAAAAUAAAAUACAAAAGCAUGCAUGUAGAAUUCAGUCGCGGUGAGGCGAUAAUAAUGUAAUUGGUGAUACACAGUUUUCUACUAUUACUGGUGUGGACUCGAUGAUACUGAUACGAAAUGUAAAAAUCAGAUCUAAUAAAAGCUUUAUUUUGAAA